AUGGCCGCCCCUCUCGGAGGUCCCCUUGAUGGCCCUGUGGGAACGGGCAUAGGAGCGGGUGGGGGAGGGGCGGAGGGGCGGGGAGGGGCUGGGCGGGAGGGUGAGGGUGGAGGGGCGCCUAGUGCGCCGGCAGAUGGUGUUAGAUCAGGCGGAGGGUCGGGGCGGUUGGGUGCGGGGCCAGGCGGUGGUGGCAGGGGGCGGGGCCGUGCGGGUGGGAGGCGGCACAUGCGGUUUGCGAGUGUGGACCUGAGCCGUGCUGCUGACGGCCCGGGCUUUCAGACCACGCCCUGCCGCCUGCAGGGCGCGCACGACCACGCACUCGCUCACGACCUCUCGCACGGGCUGGUGCUGUCCCCUGCUGCUGCCCCUGGGAGCGCGGCGUCGCUGGUGUCGGAUGGGCCGGGGUCGGAGGCGGGGAGCUCGUGGGGCGAUGGCGACCAGUGGGAGGCGCACAUGGCGCUGCACGGCGGGCUGGCGUCGCCGCUGCCGUUCAAGGCGGGCAAUGAGUGGGCGAUGGAGGUGCGCGCUCACAUGCAGUGCGACGAGACCGCCAGUGGGAACUACGAGCUUUGGGAUGAAGAGCUCUCUGCUCCUGCUGGUGCAGGUGGGGAGGAGGGUGCACCAGCAGCAGGAGAUGCGGAAGGGGCAGCAGCAGGAGCUGGAGCAGCGGCGGCGGCGGCGGCAGGAGCAGGAAAGGAGGGGGCAGUGGGGGGUGCGAGUGCAGGGGUGGCAGGCAGCACAGGAGGUGCGGAGGGUGGUGGGGGGGAUGAACGCGUGGGGCUGCAGAACAUGCUGCUGCUGGACGUGUACCCCGCCCUCUCCCCCCUCGUGCUCGGCGCUCGCAAGGCACCCCCCCGCCCACCCCCUCCUGAUGCUGACGCUGAUGCUGGUGAGGGUGCGGGGAUUGAAGCAGAGGUUACGGGAGGUGAGGGUGAUGGGGAGGCACAGCGUGAAGGUGAGGAGGAGCGGGGUGAUGUGCAGGUGGAAGGUGCGGUGGAGGCAGGGGGGAUGGAUGGAGAGGCAGGCGCAGGUGGGAUCCUAGAGCAGGUUAGCAUUGCAGAGCUGGAAAGCAGUUCAGCACAGGAGAGUCAAGGCUGUGGGCAGGGGAUUUCUGGGGAAGCUGCACCUGUGCUAGCUGGUGCAGUGAUGGACCAGGAAGCGAGGGGUAGUCUGAAAGAGGUGGCUAUUUAUCAGCCUGUGCUUGUAUAG